AUGACUGCAAAUACUUUUGGAAUUGCAGUAUGCACUGCUUCUGCCGUUAUAAUUUUAGUUUGUAAGGCAAUAUCGAAGUAUCUUGGGCCUAAGUAUCUAUUUCUUCCAAGAAAUCAAACUGAAAUGCGAAAUAAAGUUUCAGAGUUCGAAAGUAAAUUUCGAAUGACACAAGCCUUUGGAUGCAUUGAUGACACCCAUAUUCCUAUUCGUCGUCCAUUAACUCGCGAGCAAUAUUUUUCUCUUAGUGUUCAAGCUGUAUGCGAUUACAAAUGUUAUUUUAUGGAUGUUGAGUGCAUGUGGCCAGGUAGUGUACAUGAUGCUAAAGUGUUUGCAAAUUCAACAAUAAAUAUAAAGUUAAGAAAUGCUCAAACAGCAAAUUCUUAUAUUGACGAUGAACUAGUAAAAUCACAAACAGAUCUCAUUAAAAAAAAUGAAAAAGAAUACAAAAAUGUACCAAACACAAUAUAUUCUAUUAAUGAAGCUGAAGGAUUAGUUAUACGAAGAACUCUUACAGACUUGAUAAAUUAA